GAUGGUCAGUUUGGUGGAGUCGAUCAAAGAAAAAUAUUUAUUUUGGCCGAGGAACAAUUACCCAAGUUGAAACUUGGAAAGAGAUGGCAUUUGAUGAACCCAAUGGUGCCUGGUUUGACAGGAUCUAAAAUGAGCAGUUCUGAAGCCGACUCGAAAAUUGACCUGCUCGACAAAAGUGAGUUGGUGGAGCGCAAAAUUCGUGGUGCUGUUUGCCCUCGGCAGGAGGAAGACAACGGAGUAUUAGCGUUCCUGAAAUCAGUGGUCUUCCCUAUAGUUAGCCCUCAGUCUCUGACAAUCUCAAAUAAUGAGUACUACUCUUAUGAGGAAGUGAAAGAAGCAUUCUUGAAAGGUGCUUUAUCAGAAGACGAUCUGAAGAAAGUCCUUGCUGAAUUCCUCAACGAACUCCUUGAGAAGGUACAAGAGCACUGCAAUAAUGACACUGUGCGCAACGCUCUGGAGAAAGGUUACCAAGACGUAGUCGAAUCCAAAGUGGAAUCCAAUCUCCGACCCAUUGUGGAGCCCAGUGAUAAUGACGCCGAUCUCAUUAGAAGUAUAGUCGGAUCUGAUCAGGUUGUCCUAGGCGAGGACUAUACAUUGCGGUUGUGUUUAUCUGAAAGGAGACGUGUGCGUGUAACAUUUGCCAUUCAUCCGAAAGGUCGCUUCCAUCUAGGAUUCGUUAUGGGAUUACUGAAAAUGAAGUCAAUGAUUGUGGGUGGUGUUGAUAUUGACGGAAUUGUUCUGAUAUCAGAUACGGAAGCCUUUCUUGAUAAUGAAAAGGUAGCAUGGGCUACGCGAAACGAUCGCAGCGAGUACUUUUUCGAGAUGUGUUCUGCUUUCAUCAAGUGUCUAGAUCUAGAUGGAAAAGUAAAGGCCGUGAAAUCAUCUGAUUUGGAGUCCAUCUUCUCACACGACUAUGUACUAACUAUGUAUAAAAUGGCCUCGAUUGUUACAAGAGAUGAGACAUCUGUUUGCGAAGGUGGGAUUUCAUGCCGUUUCCAUUUCUAUUGUUGCGAUUGGUGGAGUUUUUUCGCAGCCGCUCACUUGAUUCGUACACUCUCGGCAGAAUGUUUAGGUGUCUUCUUUUGCUUAGUAAUGUCAUUUGCAAGACUUUCCUUGAUCAAAAUUCGCUGAAC